UACUUGCUAUAGUCGGGCCCUGCAUCCGUAUUUUCAGAUUUACUCUCGUAAACGUCCCCAAAUGUCCCCAUUUCCCUCGAUAAAUUUCGACAAAACAUCGCAUUUCGUUUGAAACGUAUUUAUCGAUUAUUCACUUGCAGAGUUUUCGAUUGAAAGUUAUCCCACGUCUUCCUGUCACCUAGAUCCUCCGAUCGAUAGAUCAGAUGGACCGAACGAUGAAUAGCUCUUACCACUGAUGAGUGUAGCCGAAGCGACGGAGGAAAAAGUAGAAAAUAAAAGAUUACAGAUACUGAGAGAAACGAAAGAUUCAGUAGAGCGCGGGUUCAGUCAAGCUCGGGAGCCGCUGCCGGGCGGAUGGAAAAAAACUCAUCGAUUGAAUAAUCGAUACUGAGAUCGUUAUUGUAGGCAGUUAUUUGGAUUUUACAAUGGGCAGGCGACUAUUGCUGCUGGCAAUAGCCUGCCUCUCUCUAGUCCUGGGAGAGCCAGAUCCGUCUGAAGAGCUGUAUCAUCGGAUACCUCAGAAUAAAGACGAAGUCAAGUGCUAUGAUGAGUCCGGAAGGCCUCAGAGGUGCAUCCCACCGUUUGAAAAUGCAGCCUUCAAUCUGGUGAUUGAGGCGACGAAUACGUGCGGGCAGGGUGGAGUCGCCACGGAAUUCUGCAAGCAAACACGUGUCCAGGAGAAGUCCUGUGACAUUUGCAGAUGGGGAGAUCACCCAGCCACCUAUUUAACUGAUCAGGAUAACAAUGAGAAUGCCACUUGGUGGCAGUCGGAAACAAUGUUAGAGAAUGUCGAUUACCCGAAUCAAGUCAAUCUGACUCUCCAUUUGGGCAAAACUUUCGAUAUCACUUACGUGCGUGUCCUCUUCGAGACGCCAAGACCCGAGAGUUGGGGGAUUUAUAAAAGGAAGAACGAUAAAUCUAAUUGGGAGCCGUAUCAAUAUUAUUCGGCAUCGUGCAGGGAUUUGUAUGGACUUCCAGACUCGAAGGAGACUGUUCGAGGGGAUGACACUAGGGUUCUUUGCACCUCGGAGUAUUCGGAUAUCUCUCCGCUGACCAAGGGAACUGUUGCCUUUUCGACGCUCGAAGGGAGACCCUCGGCUUUCCAAUUCGAUACGAAUCCAGCGUUACAAGAAUGGGUCCAAGCUACAGAUCUGCGAAUUAGCCUCGACCGUCUGAACACUUUCGGUGACGAUGUCUUCGGCGAUCCAGCUGUCCUCAAAUCUUACUACUAUGCAAUCGCCGAUAUCGCUGUUGGAGCCCGUUGUGCGUGUAACGGACACGCCGGCGUCUGUAUAACUAGUUCCGAUGAAAGCACUCGGAGAGUUUGUCGAUGUGAACACAACACUGCUGGUCCAGACUGUAACGAGUGCCUGCCAUUCUACAAUGAUGCCCCUUGGGGUCGUGCAACUCACACUGAUGCCCACGAGUGUAAAGCUUGCAACUGUAAUGGGUACUCCGACAGAUGCUAUUUCGAUAAGGAAUUGUACGCUAGAAGUGGCCACGGCGGUCACUGCAUCGACUGCAGGGCAAACAGAGCUGGUGCAAACUGCGAGAGGUGCAAAGAGAAUUACUACGAACGUCCUGAAGAUAAUUACUGCAUCGCUUGUAACUGUAACGAAAUAGGUUCACGAAGUCUCCAGUGCAACAGCGAAGGUAAAUGUCAAUGCAAGCCCGGCAUAACCGGUGACAAAUGUGACCGUUGUUCUCCAAAUUUCUACAACUUCGACUCGAUCGGCUGCACCUCCUGCGACUGCAGUCCGAAAGGUUCCCUGGGGAACCAACCCAGCUGUGACGCCCAAACAGGCGCCUGCUCCUGCAAAGAAAACGUCGAAGGCAAGCGUUGCCGAGAGUGUCGCCCCGGGUUCUUCAACCUCGCCCUGGAAAAUGAAUUCGGCUGCACGCCUUGCUUCUGCUUCGGCCACUCCGCCAUCUGCAGACCGGCAAACGGCUACUCCAAGACGGUGAUCGAGAGCAUGUUCGUCAGAGGGAAUGAACGCUGGUCUGCGAAUGUCGUAGGGAGCACCCUUCCCCUUCACUACGACGCAGUCACUCAAACGGUCCAGGUGUCUGCCCCAGACCGCGACAACGUCUACUUCGUGGCCCCCGACAGAUUCUUAGGAGAUCAGCGAGCCUCCUACAAUCAAGACCUGUACUUCACCCUCAGAAUCGGCGAAACCGACCCCUCGCCAACAGCAAGAGACGUCGUCCUGGAAGGCGGCAACGGAGAGCAGAUAACGCAGCCCAUAUUCGGCCAGCAGAACCGCCUGCCAUCGAUCACCCCUCAAACCUACAAAUUCCGCCUCCACGAGCACCCGAACUACGGCUGGCAGCCGCGUCUCUCAGCCCGCGACUUCAUGUCGAUCCUCUCCAACCUUACAUCCAUCAAAAUCCGUGGAACGUACACGCACCAGGGUCGAGGUUUCCUGGACGACGUUCGCCUGGAGACAGCGCUGAGAGGAGCAGCAGGUCAGUCAGCCGACUGGGUGGAGCACUGCCAGUGUCCCCACGGCUACGUCGGCCAGUUCUGCGAGUCCUGCGCCCCCGGCUUCCACCACGAGCCUCCAAACGGUGGUCCCUUCGCCCUCUGCGUGCCCUGCAACUGCAACGGUCACGCUGACAUUUGCGAGGCCGAGACAGGCGCUUGCAUCUGUCAACACAACACUGCAGGAAGCAACUGCGAGCUCUGCGCCCGAGGAUUCUACGGAUAUCCCCUGAAAGAGACCCCUCACGACUGUCAGCCCUGCCCCUGCCCCGACAACGGCCCCUGCAUACUCUUGGGGAACAACCCAGACCCAAUCUGCUCGGAAUGUCCAGUUGGCAGAACUGGCGCUCGCUGUGAGACCUGCUCCGACGGAUACUUUGGCAACCCAGACAGGGGAAUUGCCUGCAGAGCCUGCGAGUGCAACGGAAACAUCGACUUGAACGCUGUGAGGAACUGCAACCACGAGACAGGGGAGUGCUUGAAGUGUGUGAACCACACAGCUGGAUUCCACUGCGAGGACUGCCUCGCGGGCUACUGGGGGGACGCCUUGUCAGACAGGAGAGAAGACGGCUGCAAGUUGUGUCAGUGUUACCCACCUGGCACCCAGGAAGCCGAGAAUGGAGCUGUCGCCCCGUGCAAUCAGCUGACAGGAUACUGCGCCUGCAAGCCCCACGUCAUUGGGAAGAACUGCGACAAAUGUGAGGAUGGGUAUUACCAGAUACUGUCUGGGGACGGCUGCACCGCCUGCAACUGCGACCCCGAGGGAUCCUACAACAGGACCUGCGAUGCAAACAGUGGACGGUGUCAGUGUCGUCCUGGGAUCACUGGCCAACGCUGCGACGCUUGUCUCCCGAAUCAGUACGGAUUUGGGAGGGAGGGAUGUAAGCUCUGUGAUUGUGAUCACGCUGGGUCUCAGGAUCUCCAGUGUGACGCCAAUGGGCAGUGCCCCUGCUUGACGAACGUCGAGGGAAGAAGAUGCGAUCGUUGUAAGGAGAACAAGCACAAUCGACAGUACGGCUGUGUGGACUGUCCCCCCUGCUACAACCUAGUGCAGGACGCCGUCAACUCUCACCGAAGGCGACUCGCAGAUCUCGAGAACACCCUCAGGAAGAUCAACAGCAGUCCGACUGUGAUCAAGGACUCUGACUUUGAGAGGGAACUCCAAAACGUCGAGGACAGAGUGAGAAACCUCUUGCAGACAGCGAAGGCAGGAUCGGGAAGCGAAAAUAAAACGCUGGUGGAGCAAAUUGAGGAGCUGAGAGAUCAGUUAAAUCAGAUUGACAGAAUAUCUCAGGGGGUUGAUGUGACAGCUGCGGAGGCGAAGAGAACUACCAGCGAGGGGCUGACUAGUAUCGACGAGGCUGAAAGUGUUCUCGAUAAGAUUCACGAGCAGUUAACAGAGGCUGAAGACUACUUGGCUACUGAGGGCGCCUCGGCCCUGGCAGAGGCGAAGAAACGCGCGGAACAGGUUGGCCAGCAGAACCAACAAAUGACGAAUAUCGCUCAGGAGGCGCGGGUGUUGGCUGAUUUGAAUACAAAUGAAGCGAAGAAGAUUCAUGCUCUCGCUGAACAAGCCAGGAACACGUCCCAGGAGGCUUACAAUCUCGCGAAGAAGGCAAUUGCCCAGUACGCGAAUAUCAGCGAGGAGAUCAGAGAGUUGGAUAAUAAAUUGGAGCUUCUGGAGGAUCGUUUCAUUGAAGUUAAGAAUUUAACGGGCACGGCAGCUGCGAAGGCUGCGGCAGUGGCGGACGAGGCGGUUGAUUUAUUGCUGCUAGACCUGACAACUCCCUCGGUUGAUAUUGAGAAAUUGCAAGAGCAAGUGGAAGCCGUUAGUAAUGAAGGUCUAGCGCUCAAGGAGAAAGCCCAACUAAUGCUGCAGGACAACGAGCAAUUGCUGUUCGAUCUGGAGGAAAAAAUCCACAAGAGCGAGGAAUUGUUGAACAAAGCGCAGGACCAGCAGGCAGCCACUGCGGAGCUGCUCUCAGAGGUCGACGGGGCCAACGAAAAGGCCAAGGACGCUGUGAAGAGGGGCAAUCAGACGCUGGCGGAGGCGCAAGAGACUCUGAAGAAAUUGGGUGAAUUUGACGCUGAAGUGCAGAGGGAGAAGCUUAAAGCGCAGGAGGCACUUCGUAACAUCGAGCAAAUUCGGACUAUGGUCGAAGAGGCCAUUCUGAAGGCUGAGGAGACUCAAGUUGUGCUUAAUGGGGCGGAGAAUAAUGCCGCUGGGGCGCGGAAUAUCACGGCCGAGGCGCAGCGAAAUGCCGAUGACGCUGGGACACAUGCUAAUGUCAUUAGAACUGAGGCGAACAAAACGAAAUUGGAGGCGUGGAGGCUUAAUAACGAGGCUGACAAGCUCCACACGAGGGUGGAGAUGACGGACUCCAUCGCGAAGAAGUAUGAGGUCAGGGUUGGGAGCAAUGUGAAUGUGACGAAUGAUGUCAAUCAUCGGGUGGGUCAGGCGAGGACAAAGGUGGCACUGGCGAGUCAGCAGGUGGAUAAGGCGCUUGCUGAGGUUGCGGAGAUCAUUGGGGAGCUGGAAGCACUUCCUGAGAUCGACGACGCUGAUCUCAAUCGUCUUGAGGAGCGCUUGUUGGCGGCGGAGAAGGAGAUUAAAGCCACGAAUCUUGAUGAGAGGAUUCGGGCACUCACAGAGGCGAAGAAUCUGCAGACCCAGUGGGUCAAGAAUUAUGAGGAGGAGGUGGGAAGGUUGAGGAAUGACGUGGAGAACAUCGAUGAGAUAAGGAAGGCACUGCCCACUCAGUGCCAAAAUCGCUGGCGGCUGGAGCCUUAGAUCGGCUCACGUGCCAUAAAUACUUAACGUAGAUUCUACACUGUGAAAAAAAAUAUUUUUGAAAAAUAUUCAUUUAUUUGAGAGAAGCUUUUUUUCAAAAUCGGAUUUCUCCUAUUGAGUCAUUGGUAGGCGAGCCUGAUUAGGUUUCAAUUAUGACAAUCAUAUUGCUCUAGAGGAUGACUAUGUUGCAUUUGACCUUGGA